CUGUAAAAAUGAAUUAUAGUAGUACCAAGCACUAUCGAAAUAAAAAGGAGUAUCCAUCAAGUCAAACUCAGUCACACCAUUUGUGUUGAGUUUGUGACGAAAUUAAGAAGAUGGAAGAAACAAGCACAGCAAUAGUAAUGUAUCCAUCACCAGGCAUAGGUCACAUAAUCUCCAUGGUAGAAUUAGCCAAACUUCUCAUUCAUCAUCAUCAUCAUCAUCAUCAAUUCUCCAUUACAAUCCUUCUCACUACCGGCUUCGCAGACGAUCCAUCCAUCGAUUCUUACAUUAACCGAAUCUCAACCUCCCAUCCUUCAAUCACCUUCCACCGUUUCCCUUCCCUCACCGUUACUCACUCCAACAAACAAACCAUGGCCGCCACCGCAUUCCACUUCAUCAAAUCAAAUUCCGUCAACGUAGAAUCCAAACUCCGUCAAAUCUCUCAAACCUCCCUUAUCAAGUCCUUCAUCAUCGACCUCUUCUGCACCUCGGCUAUGGAAAUAGCUUCCGAAAUUGGAAUCCCGGUUUACUAUUUCUUCACUUCUGGUGCUGCGGUUCUUUCUCUGUAUUCCUACUUCCCGAAGAUUCAUACUCAAACGACGGCGUCGUUUAGGGAUAUGGUUGGAGUUGAGAUUGUUGCGCCGGGAAAUACCGCGUUGAGUGCGGUGAUGAUGCCUGAACCGGUGCUUGAUAGGGAAGAUCCUGCUUAUUGGGAGAUGUUGUAUUUCUGUCAGCAUCUUUCCAUGGCGAAGGGAAUUGUGGUGAAUACGUAUCGUGAAUUGGAAGUUGCGGCGGUUAAGGCGGUUGAGGAUGGUGCCUGUUUCCCGGAUCGGAAAACAAGUCCUCCUCCUGUUUACUGUAUCGGACCGUUGAUUGCUCACGCUCAACAACCAGAUGAAGCAACGGGCAGAGAAAAUUGCUUAUCAUGGCUAGAUAAACAACCGAGUAGAAGCGUUGUGUACUUGUGUUUUGGAAGUCGUGGAUCGUUCUCUGUGGCACAGUUGAAGGAGAUAGCUGAAGGGUUAGAGAGGAGUGGGCACAGAUUUUUAUGGGUUGUGAAGAGGCCAAUACAAGAACAUCUUGGAAAGAAUCAAGUUCAUGGUACUGCAGGGGAGUUUGAGUUGAGUUCUGUUUUGCCAAGUGGGUUUAUAGAGAGAACCAAAGAAAGGGGUCUGGUUGUAAGGUCGUGGGCUCCACAGGUGGAGGUGCUGAGCCGCGAAUCAGUCGGUGGGUUUGUGAGUCACUGCGGCUGGAACUCGGUGCUGGAAGGGGUGGUUGCUGGAGUUCCAAUGAUUGCAUGGCCAUUGUAUGCAGAGCAGCAUGUUAAUAGGAAUGUGAUGGUGGAGAUCAUGAAGGUCGCUGUUGCAGUGGAGCAAGGGAGAGGGGAUGGGUUUGUGAGUGGAGAAGAAGUGGAGAAGAAGGUACGGGAGUUGAUGCAAUCUGAGAGAGGGACAGAGAUAAGGGAAACGAUUUUGAAAUUCAAAGAGAUGGCUAGUGAUGCACUUGGAGAAUUUGGGUCAUCCACAAAAGCACUUUCCAACCUGGUUCAAACAUGGAACAAUAACUAAUUCCAUUGUGAUAAGUUGUGCACUGUGAAUCCCCAGUCCUUGUCCACUUCUACUCGUUAGUCUUAACUUAAGAUCGGUUUAGAUUGGCUUAUUUGAGAUUGUUUGAGAGAGCUUAUGGAAAAAGCUUACAACAUGUGAUGUCUGUGAGUUGUUUUUAAUUCAUUUUCAUAAACUCUUCAUCAUAGCUUAUGAAAGCAGCUUAUAAGAAAACAAUUUAACUUUAUUUUAUCUUUUGUUAACGAAAUAGCUUAUACUUUUGCACUUAUUUGAUAAGCACUUAAUUAAAUUGUUUACUUAAACAGGACUUUGGACUUAUUUUGGAUGAGCUUUUAGCCUUUGAAAGCUUCUCAAUAAGGUAUCUAAAUCCUGCUUGAAAUGCUCAUAGAUCUUGAUUAAAGUUUUUAUUUUAGUCUCUCUAUCCCACAAUGAGGCAGUACAUAAAUAUUUCAUCAAGAGUCUGCAUCACCCUCAAGUCAAUGUAUUUAACUUCGCAUUUA